GAGGCGGCGCGCCGGAAAGCUACAGGAUAGCAAGAAAAGAGCAGGAAUCAAAACACGACUUCGGGGCCCGUGUCCGCCUUCACUCUCUACAUUUCAACGCAGGUCGUCGAUAGGUGUCUGUGGAGUGAUUCCCGAGAAACAGAGGCCCUGCAAACACCCUUUUUAACGCGCGAAGUAACCGUUUUGGCCUUGUCAACUUGGCUAACGUUAGGCCCUGCUAGCACUAGCCGUGGAGCUUACUUUUCGCUAGCAAAAAAGCAAAACAAGGAAUGAGUGAUGACCUCUGUGGUAGUGUCAGACGGUGGAGGGAACAUAGUGGAAUAUGUCACUGUAGUGGAGGAGCCGCAGCAGCAGCCCACUGAGGAGGAAGAGGAGGAAGAAGUGGUCCAGCAGGAGGUAGAGGCAGUGAUCGUGGAGGAAGAUGUGGAGGAAGAGGAGGGAGUGGUGCUGCAGGAGGAGGGCUGUCCAGCUGUAAUCGUGGAGGAGGUGCCCAGUGCCCAGGUGGAGGAGUGCUACUCUGCCCAGGUCCUGGUCUACGAUGACGAGACGUACCUGAUGCAGGACGUGGCUGAGGAGCAGGAGGUGGUCACGGAGGUGGCUGAAACCGUGGAGAUGUCGGGUCAUGACAUGGUGUGUUUUGACAAAACGUUUGAAGCAGCUGAGGCUCUUCUCCACAUGGAGUCUCCAGGAGGACUACACAGUGAGCGCAGCACAGCAGAGGAUGUGAUGAUGGAGACGGUGGUGGAGGUGUCCACAGAGUGUGGACCCAUAGAGGAGGAGUCCUUUCCCAUCCCUCCUGAUUGUGAACCUGCGGCCAAGAAGAAGAGAGGAGGUGGACGUAAGCCCAAGACACACCAACCUGCUUCCAAUGGCUCCUUCGAUCUGGGGAUCAAGAAGAGGCCGAGGGAGGGAAAGGGUAACACCACCUAUUUGUGGGAGUUCCUGCUGGAACUGCUGCAGGAUAAAAACACCUGUCCCAGAUACAUUAAAUGGAUGCAGAGAGAAAAGGGCAUCUUCAAACUGGUGGACUCCAAGGCUGUGUCCAAACUGUGGGGUAAACACAAGAACAAGCCCGAUAUGAACUACGAGACCAUGGGCCGAGCCCUGAGGUAUUACUACCAGCGCGGCAUCCUUGCGAAAGUAGAGGGUCAACGGUUGGCCUACCAGUUCAAAGACAUGCCCAAAAACAUCCGCGUGAUCGAUGACGAUGAAGAGGGCGAGGAGGUGGAGGACAGCGAGGGCAUGGUGUCCAGCCAGCACCUGGCUCACCAGCAGGGCCCCACAAGCCUUGGCACCAACUCCCCUGCUGCAGCCCAGCCUCAGCAGACUUACGUCACUGUCAUCCCCAGCAACGCUGCCACCAGGCCAAUCCGAGCCAUGCCAGUAGUCAUGACCAACUCCCUAGGUCAGAUGACAUUAAACUCCUCCUCCAUCCUCACCACCACAGGCGUCCCAGUUACGGUAGCUAACGCCUCCGCCAGCGCUCCCCCCAAACUGGUGAUCCAGGCUCUGCCCACUGUGCUGCCUGCCGGCUCCAAAGGAGAGAAGAUCACCAUCAUCACCAUCCCAGCCAACCAGCUAGCCACACUCAUGCAGGCCAACACGUCAGGCCAGGUCACACAGCUCAUCCAGGCGAAACCCGUCGCUACACAGCUAGCGCAGGCUGCCGUGAAACAGGCCACCGCUGCCCCAACGGUGCAGCUAGCGGCGGGCCGGUCGGCGCCGCAGCUCAUCCUGGCCAAACCAGCUGCGGUGGCCCAGCCGCUGCCGCAGCUCUCUGUCCAGGUGAGCCAGCCUCACUCCACCCCUCCCAAAACCCCCACCCAGCCCCUGAAGCCCUUCAACAGCCAGCCUGAAGCAGCACAAUCAGAGGCGGCAGCAGACGCCCCGCCCCCCUCAAGUCCACCAGCAGCAUCAGCAGAAACCCCGUCGUCCUGAGAGCCUUGCCCCAAGCUGGGGCCGUCGAGGGGGGAGGGGGGGGACAGGAAGUGACUGUGGACACUGCUGAGGAAGUGCAGGAAACAUACCACACCUCCUCCCCACCUCAGAGCAGAGCCAACUCCUGAUUGGCUCAGACUGUCAGCCUGACGUUGGUCUACUCUCACGAUGGAGCUGCUGAGGCCCCACAGAGGAUCAAAGGGACUGCUGUCCACACACACACACACACACACACACACACACACACAAAUAGAACACACAUAAACCACACACACAGAUCAGAGCUCAAAAGACAUGGGCUGCCUUAGAUUGUAAAUGAAAAAAAAAGAAGUCCUUUUGUAAUCAAGCCUAAUAUAAAAAGCCUGACAAGACUUUGUUGUAAACAGAAGUGUAAAAAGCAUUUUUUGAUACUCAGCGGGUAUGUAUCAGUACAGAUGUAGUAUGAAUUCCUCUUUGUUUCAGUCUUCAAUGGUUUGUCUGCAGAGUUCUGUUACUCCACAGCACUGUCACAUUCUCCCACUCUUCUCUUUUUUACUGUUCCUAAAAAGGGAGUGAAAGGAUGUCUGCGUCCAGGUAAAACAACUACAUGGUGUGCUCCACAUUUGAAGUAUAAUAUACUAUUUUUUCUUGUACUAUCAGUGUAUUGAAGUAGAUUUUACUGAAAUGUGUAUUAUAAAAAAUGACAAAUGUGAAUUAGAAUGGUCUGAACUUGUUUCAUUCAGCCAUCUGAGUGAGUGACACAUUUUCCAUGCUUUGUCGAAGGAAUGCUGACGUCGGAUGAACACGAGGUGAACGCUGUCGCCGGCUUACAGCUCAGAAACAUCAACAGAUGUGCGGAAAGCUUUUUGUUAAAAACAGCGACUUUGGAAAAAUAUCUAAUUGGGUCAUUUGGCAAAUCUGAACGCGUCACAUUUCAAUAGUUUAGUUUGCAUAGAAAGCAGGAGACUGCACCAACAGUACUUUGUUCUAUGUGGAGAAACUUUCAGGACUUCAGUGAAAGCACGAACAACAGCCUGAGCAGCUCUGAAUGCACUGCAUGCAGCAUACAUAUGGCGCCUAUCAUAAGUAUUCAACCCUCUUGCAAGUUUUCUCCUUUCAUUUAAACAUGGCCCGUGUAAUUUGACUUUUUUGACAAAAACUUUGGUCUUUCCUGUCAAAGUGAAAGCAGAUUUCUACAAAGUAAUGCCAACCGACUGUAGAAGUAUUCAAAAAAGUGACUCACCUGAUAUUAAACAGGUGCAGUGAUUUGGUGCUAGAAGUCACACAUUUACUGAUCAUCAGAGUGCAGUGACUGUAGGAUAAAGACACCGGUAUCGGGAUGGUCCAGUCACUGGUGAGUCAGGACUCCUAGCUGUAACCACACCGUGAAGACAAGAGAGCACUCAAUCAACAUUUUAAAGAGGUUUUCUAAAAGCACUAGUUUGGGGGGUGGGGGGUAAGUUAUUAACAUGGCCCACGAGACAAAGAGACGAGUGAGGUAGGCCACCAAGACACCUAUGACUCCUCUGAAGGAGACCUGAGUGGCUAAGAUGGAGAGAUAGUGCGUACAACAAUAGUUCUUAACCCAUCAAAGCUUUAUGGGAAAAUGGCAACGAGAAAGCCACUGUUGAAAGUAGCUCAUAUUAAAUCUUGACUAGAGUUUGUGGGAGAUGGAAAGUAAACUGGAAGAAGGUUCUUUGGUCUGAUGAAACUAAAACUGGGCAUUGUGUCCAUCAGACCAGACACUAUAUUUGGCAGAUACUAAACACAUCAUCCUCACUGUGAAGCACGGUGGUGGCAGCAUCAUGAAGGAAGUUUUCACUUUGACAUGAAGGAUUUCUGUCAGAAAACCAAAACUGACCAUGAUUCAGUGUUGAAAGGAGAAAAGCUUUAGAGGGGGUGAAUACUUCCUACAGGUGCUGUGUGUGACUUUCUACAGAAAUAUACGCCUCACCAUGUAAUAAUUAUGGCUCAUAAUUACGACUAAAGAUUGGAGGUGAACUGCUUUAAUGUCCUGCAUGGUUUGAGACAGCGGGAGAUAUGAAGUGAGGCACUGAUGAAGGUGGUUUUCUACCAAAGUGUUUUGGAUGAUGUUACAUUAAAUGUCUGAAGUCUU